GUAGCAAGAGACAGUAUUUGUCUCUAGAUAUAGAUAAUAACGCAUAUAACUUGUGAUGAUCUGCGAUUUAAGCACUCAAACUGGCAUUCGCUCAUCACAAUAUCAUAUGCACACCAUAAUAAUGCACAAAUCCACUGCUAAGUGGCAGUGACAAUUUGAUAAGUGGCAGAACCGGUCUAAAGAAGAAGUUGAUACUUCAGUCAAUAUAUUCGUCCAUUGUUAGUAAUAUUGCGAUUUUGAUCAAAAGUGUGUUUUGGCCGAAAUCAAAAUGAAUUCUCACAAUAAUAUGCUAGAAUUAUUUCCGUGGAUUACAGCUGAAUUUGUUCAAAGUUUGAUUGAAAAAUCUGAACCAAAUAAAAAUGUCGUUCUAAAAUUGUUCAAUGCUAAAAAGUGUUUUAAUGACGGUGAGAAUUUUUCAAGUGUCAUGGUUGGCCUGGAAGUUGUAUAUGAGAAUGAGAACGAGAGUGAAGAUAAACAACGAGAUUUUCUAUUGAAAAUUGCCAUUCAAACCGAAGACUACGCUAAAAUCUGUGAGGAGUGCCUGAUUUAUGAAAGAGAGAUUGAGGCGUACACAAAAGUUCUACCAGCUGUCGAAAAAUCACUGAACUCAGUGGGAGUGUCUAGUCAAAUUGCUCCAAGAUGUUUCAUGGCUGAUAUAGACCGAAGAAUGCUUGUUUUCGAGGAUUUACGGAAUCAGCAAUUCAAAAGCGUAGAUAGAACAUAUGGAUUAGAUACAGAUCAUAUGAAAUUGACUCUUGAAAAUCUAGCCAAAUGGCAUGCCGGCACUGUUACUUUACUCUUAACUGAUAUUGAACUCUUUGAAUGGUAUACAAAAAGAAACGUUUACAAAAAUGCACCCAAUGUACAACAAUUCUGGAAAAAUCUUGUUAAAUCACUCUCAAAUUCUAUCAAAAACUGGACCGGUUAUGAGAAAAUUGCUGUGAAGCUACAAAACAUACCACAAAAAGCUUAUGAUGAAGCAUACAAAGCAUUUGCUCCACGGGCAGACGCCUUCAACGUUUUAACUCAUGGAGACAUGUUUGUGAACAACUUGCUAUAUCGUCAUGAUGAACAUGGAAAGCCGAUUGACAUUCGUUUUGUUGAUUUUCCACUUGGGAAGCAUGCGAGUCCAUCCAUUGAUUUGGUUACUUUGCUAUACAGCUCUUCUCAUUCUUCGAUUAGACAACGAGAUCGAGAGCAUCUCAUUCAAUACUAUCACUCUGAACUGGUGAAGUAUUUGAAACUGUUGAAAUUCCCUGGCAAAAUACCAACAUUGCUAGACAUUCAAUCGGAUUGCUAUCGCAUCGAUUUAUUCACCACUCUGAUAAUCUUGUUCAUCGUUGCACUACGUUUUGUGGAUAAAUUCCACGAUGGUGGCUUUUUUGAUGUAGUAAAUGGCGACCAAAAAGAUGGAAAUACGAGUGACAAACUAUUUUCACAUCCGGAGUGCACAGAACAAGUAAAAUACUUACUGGACAUGUUUGAUAGAAGAGGAUAUUUUGACUUCUAAGAGCAAUUUGAUAUUUUUUUCUUUAAUGUUGACUUUAUAAUAGAUGUCAGAUACCAUAAAACCAUGUUAAUCU